ACAGUCACACUACAGAGCCUGCAAGAGGAAAGACGGCUAUUUGUAUUUUCAGAAUGUCAGCCGGGGCAGUUCCAGUCGUCACCCAUGUGAUCACACAGCAAACCAUUCCCACCCCUCAGGUGAUGCAAAAUGUGACUGGACAGGUGUUCACCACUGCCACACCAGUAAAUGUCAGCAGUGUUGGAAAGAGCUCCCCUGCAGGCUUUCUUGUGAAGUUUCUGAAAGGAGAGCCAAAGGCACUGGGGACUGUCCAAAUAAUGAUUGGUCUGUUCACAAUUUUGUCUGCCUUUGUUGUGAUUACAUCAGCUUUUGUCGGCUCUGGCAUUUCUUUCUGGGGAGCUUUGAUAUACAUUAGCACUGGCUCUCUGACCAUUGCAGCAGAGAACAAGCUGAAUCCCUGUUUGGUGAAAGCCUCUCUGGGUAUGAAUGUGAUCAGCGCUGUAACUGCAGGAAUAGCCAUCUUUAUACUGUGUGCAGAUUUAGUAACAGGGGAUAUUUGCUAUUAUUAUUCCAAUUCCCAUUCCCAUUCAUCUACCUAUUGUGUGCUGUCUCUCGUCAACAAUCUUGAACUGAACAAUCCAGAAGAUGAAUUCAAAAGUAAGUGGGCGGUAGAGGGACGUAGAAGACGUAGAAGACUUUUAGUGUGUGUAGGUAAGUCAACCACAACCUAUGCCUACAAAAGCCAGUGGUUUCCAAACCUGCAGUGGCAGACGCAGAGCACUGAACUAACAGACUUCAUCUUCAGGUAA